UCUGCCCAUUUUUCCCUCCGUACUAAAAAAGCGUCCCUUUCUCUCUUUGUACUCCGGUUUUUUCUUUUUGGAUCUGGGAAUUGGAGAGAAUGGCAGCAGCAUCAGGAAACGAGAACAAGGCACCUGCAGUAAUUGGUUUAGCGUGGGAACCCAAGCUACCUCGGCUUCCAAUUCCAGAUACAGCUUCAACUUCUUCGUCCAGAAAUCGCCAUAACCACCAUCGCCAUUCGCGGGCCAAAACUAGCACAGGCUCUUUCUCCUUCACCUCCCAACAGGACAACCUCAUAGAUGGGCUCUAUGUUCCGCCUAACGACCCCAAAAAGCUCAAUAAAUUGCUCAGGAAACAACUCCAACAAACUGCUGGCAAGCAUUGGUUUGACAUGCCUGCUCCAACUCUCACUCCCGAGUUAAAGAAAGACCUCCACCUCUUGAAGUUAAGGAGUGCCAUGGAUCCCAAGAGACACUACAAGAAGGGUGACUCAAGAUCAAAAACUCUGCCCAAAUAUUUUCAGGUGGGGACUGUAAUAGAGUCUGCUUCAGAAUUCUACGCAGGUAGACUUACCAAGAAGGAGAGGAAGGCUACCCUUGCUGAUGAGCUACUCUCUGAUUCUAACCUUGCACAGUACAGGAAGCGCAAGGUUCAAGAGAUUGAAGAGCAAAAUCGACCUGCUGGGUUUGACAAGUGGAAAAUAAGAGGACGGAAGUCCAUGAAGCGUGCUAAGCAAAGAAGGCAUUGAUUGAGUUUUUAUUCAUCUAGAAAGUGAAGAACUAUUCAGCUCCUGUCAUUUUUGUGGAAAGGAAGAGAAAACAAACUUGUACGAAAUUUUGAUAGAUUAUAUUGCUACAUCCCUUGUAGAAUUCGCAUUGGUUUUGGCCGACUGAUGAGAUACAAAGUGUCAUAUUUUCAUGCCUAGCUUAUUUUGGUAUUUGCCAAUCCAGUUACGGGUUUC